AACUCUGUGGGCAGUAUCAAAAGUUUAAUUGUGGAAAAAAUACAUCAUUUUUCCUCUAUCUGGAGGAGAAGACAGCCUGGAUUUCAAAAUUGAACAGUGAAGUGGUUUGCAAUAGUUACCUGGCUCUUGGCCUCAGUCCAGCUGGAUCAAGUUGAGACCUGAAAAGAGAUCUUGGAUCCUGUGGCAGUGGAAAGACCCAAGAAUGCCAGUCAAGAAGAAAGAUACUGACCGAGCUUUAUCAUUACUGGAAGAAUACUGCAAAAAAUUAAGGAAACCAGAGGAACAGCAGUUGAAAAACGCUGUUAAAAAGGUGAUGGGUAUUUUUAAGAGCAGCUUAUUCCAAGCUUUGCUAGACAUUCAAGAAUUUUAUGAGGUGACAUUGCUAAAUUCUCAAAAAAGUUGUGACCAGAAGAUAGAAGAAGCCAACCAAGUUGCACAGAAAUGGGAGAAGACAUCCCUUCUUGCUCCAUGCCAUGAUAACCUUCAAAGAUCUGCAGAGCAAAACCAAGGCAAAUGCCCAGCCCAGAAUUGUUCAGUGGAAGCCCCUGCUUGGAUGCCUGUGCACCACUGUACUAAGUAUCGAUACCAAGAUGAGGAUGCCCCACAUGAUCAUUCCUUACCUCGACUAACCCAUGAAGUAAGAGGGCCUGAGCUGGUGCAUGUGUCAGAAAAGAACCUGUCUCAAAUAGAAAAUGUCCAUGGAUACGUCUUGCAGUCUCACAUCUCUCCUCUGAAGGCCAGCCCUGCUCCUAUAAUUGUCAACACAGAUACUUUGGACACGAUUCCUUAUGUCAAUGGAACAGAAAUUGAAUAUGAGUUUGAAGAAAUUACAUUGGAAAGGGGGAAUUCUGGCCUGGGAUUCAGUAUUGCUGGAGGGACAGAUAAUCCCCACAUUGGAGAUGACCCUGGCAUAUUUAUUACGAAGAUUAUACCGGGUGGUGCUGCAGCGGAGGAUGGCAGACUCAGGGUCAAUGAUUGUAUCUUGCGGGUGAACGAGGUCGACGUGUCAGAGGUUUCCCACAGCAAAGCCGUGGAAGCUCUCAAAGAGGCGGGGUCUAUCGUUCGGCUGUAUGUGCGCAGAAGACGACCCAUUCUGGAGACUGUUGUGGAGAUCAAACUGUUCAAAGGGCCUAAAGGUUUAGGCUUCAGUAUUGCAGGAGGUGUGGGGAACCAGCACAUUCCUGGAGACAACAGCAUUUAUGUAACUAAAAUUAUAGAUGGAGGAGCUGCACAAAAAGAUGGAAGGUUGCAAGUAGGAGACAGACUGCUAAUGGUAAACAACUACAGUUUGGAAGAAGUGACACAUGAAGAGGCAGUAGCAAUAUUGAAGAACACAUCGGAUGUCGUUUAUCUCAAAGUUGGCAAACCCACCACCAUUUAUAUGACUGAUCCUUAUGGUCCACCUGAUAUUACUCACUCUUAUUCUCCACCAAUGGAAAACCAUCUACUCUCUGGCAACAAUGGAACUUUAGAAUAUAAAACUUCCCUGCCGCCCAUCUCUCCAGGAAGGUACUCACCGAUUCCAAAGCACAUGCUUGUUGAAGACGAUUACACCAGGCCUCCGGAACCUGUUUACAGCACUGUGAACAAACUGUGUGAUAAGCCUGCUUCUCCCAGGCACUAUUCCCCUGUUGAGUGUGACAAAAGCUUCCUUCUCUCAGCUCCCUACCCCCACUACCACCUAGGCCUGCUCCCUGACUCUGAGAUGACCAGUCAUUCUCAACACAGCACUGCAACCCGCCAGCCUUCGGUGACUCUCCAACGGGCCAUCUCCCUCGAAGGGGAGCCCCGCAAGGUGGUCCUGCACAAAGGCUCCACUGGCCUGGGCUUCAACAUCGUGGGCGGGGAAGAUGGAGAAGGUAUUUUUGUAUCCUUCAUUCUGGCUGGUGGACCAGCAGACCUGAGUGGGGAGCUCCAGAGAGGAGACCAGAUCCUAUCUGUGAAUGGCAUUGACCUCCGUGGAGCAUCUCAUGAACAGGCUGCGGCUGCGUUGAAGGGGGCGGGACAGACGGUGACCAUCAUAGCACAAUACCAACCUGAAGAUUACGCUCGAUUUGAGGCCAAAAUCCAUGACCUACGUGAGCAGAUGAUGAACCACAGCAUGAGCUCCGGGUCCGGGUCCCUGCGAACCAAUCAGAAACGCUCCCUCUAUGUCAGAGCCAUGUUUGACUAUGACAAGAGCAAGGACAGUGGGCUGCCAAGUCAAGGACUUAGUUUUAAAUAUGGAGAUAUUCUCCAUGUUAUCAACGCCUCUGAUGAUGAGUGGUGGCAAGCCAGGAGAGUCACGCUGGAGGGGGACAGUGAGGAGAUGGGGGUCAUCCCCAGCAAACGGAGGGUGGAAAGAAAGGAGCGUGCCCGAUUGAAGACAGUGAAGUUUAAUGCGAAACCUGGAGUGAUUGAUUCAAAAGGGUCAUUCAAUGACAAGCGUAAAAAGAGCUUCAUCUUUUCACGAAAAUUCCCAUUCUACAAGAACAAGGAGCAGAGUGAGCAGGAAACCAGUGAUCCUGAACAACAUGUUUCUUCUAAUGCCAGCGAUAGCGAAAGUAGCUACCGAGGGCAAGAAGACUUCAUUCUUUCUUAUGAGCCUGUCACAAGGCAGGAAAUAAACUAUACCCGGCCAGUGAUUAUCCUGGGCCCCAUGAAGGAUCGGAUCAAUGACGACUUGAUAUCUGAAUUCCCGGACAAAUUUGGCUCCUGUGUGCCUCAUACCACGAGGCCGAAGCGUGAGUAUGAGGUGGAUGGCAGAGACUAUCACUUUGUCAUUUCCAGAGAGCAGAUGGAGAAAGAUAUCCAAGAGCACAAGUUUAUAGAAGCUGGCCAGUACAAUGACAACUUAUAUGGAACCAGUGUGCAGUCUGUGAGAUUCGUAGCAGAAAGGGGCAAACACUGUAUACUUGACGUGUCAGGAAAUGCUAUCAAGCGGUUACAAGUUGCCCAGCUCUAUCCCAUUGCCAUCUUCAUUAAGCCCAAAUCUCUGGAACCUCUGAUGGAGAUGAAUAAGCGUCUAACAGAGGAGCAAGCCAAGAAAACCUAUGAUCGUGCAAUUAAGCUAGAACAAGAAUUUGGAGAAUAUUUUACAGCUAUCGUCCAAGGAGACACCUUAGAAGAUAUAUAUAAUCAAUGCAAGCUUGUUAUUGAAGAGCAAUCUGGGCCUUUCAUCUGGAUUCCCUCAAAGGAAAAGUUAUAAAUUAGCUACUGCACCUCCGACAAUGACAGAAGAGCAUUUAGAAGAACAAAAUAUAUAUAAUAUACUACUUGGAGGCUUUUAUGUUUUUGUUGCAUUUAUGUUUUUGCAGUCAAUGUGAAUUCUUAUGAAUGUACAACACAAACUGUGUGAAGCCAUGAAGGAAACGGAGGGGCCACAGGGUGGGACAGAAAAGACAUUGCAGUAUGCAGGAAGGCUUUGGUUUGCUCAAAGUGCCAGGUGUAGGGAUGAACCUCUGACAGGCUUUCUGCCCAAAAGUUGGGCAGCCUCCUCACCCCAGCAGAUGUCCAGAGCUGAUUUAGCUGCUGAGCUCUCUGUGUCUUGCUUUAAAGAAAAGUUGCCAGCACUUGAACUUCACCAACCUUCCCAUUACCCACAUCUGUAAUUGGUACACUUCGAAUUUUAUAACUAUGCACACUCUUUGAUUUCUUAACGAGCAAAAGAAAGAAGGAAAAAGGAAAAGAGUCCUUUUGGAGACGGCAUAAUAUCAGGGAAGGAUAAGUGUGUAGUUUCUUUGACUGGCAUCUACAAAGACGAGCAUUUCAUAAAAUUCACAAGUGUAUGGAGGACUGACCUCACUGAGAGGAGGGGAUUCCACCUGAGGUUAGCUUUAUGAUUGUUUAUUGUCUAUUUUGCCAUUUAUAAACUGAAAGAAGGCACUAAAGAUGAGAAUAAUUUAUACAAUAAAAAUAUAUUAAAUGUAUAGAAACAAAUUUCUAUAGGUUAAAAAAGUUUUGUGAAAUAUUUUGUAAAGACUAAUUGAAAGACUAAAUGUAUGCACUAUCAGCAGAUGAUCAAAUUCAAGAACUGAAAGUCGCACUCUCCCUUUUGUUGCCAAUGAUCCAUUAAGAGCAUCUGAGUUCUUUCCAAAGUCUGACAAAGACUUCUCCCUCACUUACCUCCCAUGAUCUCCCUUCCAUAUUAGUGACACACUCUCAUGGAGCACAUCCCUUAAUGAGUUGCCCUCGUGGGUAUUUUUGGAAGACAUUUGGUUUAUGCAUUUUUAAGCUGAUGGCUUUCAGAGUCAGACUCAUGCAAAUGAUCUAAAGGGAAGUUUUUGCUUUUAUCUUAUUAAACAACCUGGGCCUGCCAUGCAAAUAGUUGAAUAACUUUGUUCCUAGUUACUUACAUGCAGUUCUCAAAGGAUCAUUUAGUAUUUUGGCCAACCAUGAGUAAUUAGGACUUUGCAUUUUUUUUUUUUUUUUUGUCUGCUUCACAAGUAACUGAGGGCUUUAUAACAGCCAGAGAUGGUAUCGAGCCAUGGAGAGAUCUGUCCCAAGAAGCACUAUUUCUUUGAGGAAGAGAGAAGUACCUGGUUGGGGGGUGAGAGGUGCAGACUUUUGUUUCCAUGUACAGGGCAAAGAGAACCACAAGGAAAGACAAUUAACAACUUUGAGCUCAACCAAUUGAACUGCCUUUCUUGGGGGCUGCACCUGGACCAAGUUUAUUUUUUAGCAAUUAUAAUAAUGACGAUUUAAAAAAAAAAAAAACCUCCUGAAGCCUAUAUCCCACUUUAGAGCUGAUGAUGACAUCAGCGUUGCUUGUGCCCACGGUGUUUAGAGAGAGACUUUUUGGUGAUCUCAAUAACCACUCAACUCUGGGUUCUAUGCAUGCCCAGACUAAGCCCCAUCGCCUUAUUUCUGGGGUACAUCCAGACCUGGCAGGGAUUCUGCCACACUGUGCAGCAAACCAGCAUGCAGGCUGGGAUGGGAGAGCGAGAGAUAGAGCCAUCAGCAGUGAUGGGGCUUCUUCACAGUAAGAACAUCAGAGCUCAGAAUGAGGGUCUCUUUCCAAAACCAAGUGUUGUUCAUCUUACACCAACUACCACUGUCUGCCUCGCUGCAGUCACCAAAACAAACACAGAAAUGCAAAAUUAUGCAUCUACCUAUAGUCUUGAGGCUGCCUUUGCCAAUGGAAGGGCUAGCAAUGCAUUUUCCCUCUGAUGAAAGUCAAAUUUGGGGGACUUCCUUAGAGUGCUCAAAAUGUUUAAAGAUAUGUCCGUGGCUGCAAUUCGCCAGUUUCAGGUCAGGGCCUACUUUCAUCAAUAUUGCUGCCAGAAGUUUCCUGCCACCAGAAUGCCAUUCCUGAUCCCAGCUCUAUUUUUAGGCCACCAUAAUAACUUCUUUGGUUUCUCAACUGAGCAUGCAACCAUUUAUUUAAAGGACUGUCAUUAAUGAGUAGAUGUUUCCGCGGGUCGUGUGAUGUGCUUUCCAUUUAAUAUUAAGUAUUGCUGUGGCUGAGUACAAUCAAAUUGAACCACCAACCCUUGGUUUUGUAGUAAUAUAAUUAUUUAUUUUCCUAGUGUAGAUGCUUCCAGAUUAGAAUUGGCAUUUGCACUGAUUUUUUUAUGUAGAUUUAUAUAAAUAUAUAUAUACAUAUAUAUUUGCUUGAAGAAUCACCAAGCUAAUUGGUGAGAGGGUCUUUUCCUAUAGAAUUUACACCUCCAUUUGUUGUGUUGUCUUGCGCUUCCCAAUGUUGAGGUCUCUAUGGCUCCAAUGAACUGGUGUAUUUUUGCAGCAAAUCUGAUGAUUGUAUGGAUAUGGCAGGAAAGUUACCCAGAUUACAUCUGGUGCAAAUGCACUUGGAGCCUGGGGCCAGACUGGUGCUAACACUGCAAACUUUGUCCGGAGCUCUCUCCAAUCUGAAGGCUUGCUGGGGGCGCAAUGUCACCUUCACAUGCUGGGCCCUUUCGGAAAAGUGCCAGAUCGUGUCACUGGUGCUAUUUUUCAUGCUCUGGUACAAUGUGUAGCACCACGGGGGUCUCAGCUUUACCAAAAUCAAAAUCGCAUUUGUCAGCUAAUUGCAGGGGCAUUUGUUUUUUGCUCUCCUCCCACAGGAUCUGUUGGCCAUUUCUUUGCCAGCCUCUCCCCGCCCCCACCCCCCAGCCUCAAGUUCUUGGCUUGGCUCCAUCUGCUCAGUGAGCCCAUCUUUAAGAAGCCGCACUCAGGUGCCUGUGAGCUGUCUUAGAUCCUACUGCCAGCCCUUCCAGACACUGAGCCAGGGAAAAGCUUUCCCCUCCUGUGGCUCUCACCUCUGGUUUUCCCUCAUUCUUUUCCUCUACUCUCCCCCUUCCAUUUCUAUCUCAUUCCAUCUCUCUCUUUGUGCACCUCUCCUUUUCUCCUACUGGCCUGUCUUCCCCGAGCGAACGUUGCCUUCCUUCUGCAGUCUCUCAUUACUCCCUCCCCUUCACUCUCCUAUCUUCUCGUUCCCCUUUCCUCUCCUUUCCUGUCCUUUCUCUCCUCCUCACACCUCUGAGCAUCUCCUCUCCAUACCCCAUUCCGUAAUUUUUCUGUCCUAUAAGGGCUCAUGGCUGAUUCGGACAGCAAGUCCAUAUACUGGACCGAUGACACAAUUUCUGUGGGUCACCGUUUCACUUAGCCCAGAAAGCAAAGCUGAGCGUGAGGCCCUGGCCUGGAGCCUGCUCCAGCACGCCUCACUGAGCCAGCCUGCACCGCUGCCCUGGCAGCGACGACGCACGCGCUCUGGGCCCCGCGGCACCUGGGUGCCUCUCUGCCUGAAGGCUGGUCCAAAGUGAGCCCAUUCCCAGCACCAUCCUGUGGCUCUGAGGACACUCCCUCUCUAUAAAGGCAGACUCUGGCCCCAAAAUCAUUCUGACAGCAAACCUCUUUCUUCUCAUUGAAGCCAUGCCAUCGCCUUGUUUUGGAGAGAGACAUUUUUUCCCACUCAUAAGCUCCCCCCCAUUUUCAUGUGAAGCCCCCUCUGCUUUUCAGCUGGUGAUUGCUCUGGUGAGAUUGAAUGGACUCGCUGGUGAAAUAACAUCUCUUUUUUUCCUGUCUUGGUCCUGCCUAAAUUCCUACAAAAGUAUUAAAGUCAAGGACUCAGGCUAGUUCCUAAGCUUAUCAUGAUAAUCUGUCACUCCCAGGGGAAAGAGGGGACAUUUCUCUGAAAGCAUGUGGAGUGACAUGCUGGCAACUGAUUGGCCAGAGAUCUCCCUCCAGAAUUCUGUGGAAUAUGCAUUUUACUUCUGUGUAUGUAUGGUCUGUGUGGUAUGUAUAUCAUGGAUACACGUACUACAUUGGGUAUGAAUGAAUGUGGAUGGACACCCACACACACACUCCAGUCUGUAAAUAUCCUUCCUCACUGAAGACUGUGCUCUGGAAAUCAUUUCUUGUACAGCUGUGCAGUUUCUUGUAGCAGCUGAGGACAAGCUAAGAUGGGUGGAUGAUUUAGACAAAGAUCACCUACAAGGCGGAAUACAGAAUCUCCCUAGCAACUCAUGAGGACAGACAACCAAAUGGCAAGGUUGACUCCCAAUGGGAUGGCAAACUUUUCUUCUCUCCUUUCUGAAUUUGUAUUUCCUAAGUGUGUCUUAAAUUCUGAGUGCACUAGGCUGUACCUGUUAGAUCCUUUCAAUAUGACAGUUUUGUGCUUCUCUCUGACAGGAUGUUUCUCCAUCGAGCUGUAGUGCAGGGUGGGCGGGAGGGGGGAAAUUCUCCUUGCCUGGGCUGGAGUUUACAGAGACACUGCGCAGCUUACACUCCUGUUAAGUGUAAAUAUUCGACACUUCCAUUCCAUUUGUGUAAAAAAUAAAGCACACACAAUUAUAAAAUCGAGAUGUAUAUUUCAUA